AUGGUAGUUUCAGAAGAAGAUAGAGAAAUUUUACCAAAUGAAUCAGUGACCUUUAAAGAUAUAACUAUAAACUUCACCCAGGAAGAGUGGGCCCUUCUGGACAUACCUGGGAGAAAGCUGUACAAAGAUGUGAUGUUGGAAAAUAUCAAUCAUCUGGUAUCUCUUGGGUGUCAGUUCUGCAAGUCAGAUGUAAUCAUCUAUUUUCAACAAGGUGAAAUGCUGUGGAUGGUGACAGGGAGAGGUUUUUCCCAGGGCCAGGGUCCAGGCAGGGAAAGUGCACAUAAAAAACAAGAAAUGAUACCCAUACAAUGUAUAAGCACGAAGGACACAGCCACUAUUAGGAAAUCUCAUGCUCAAGAAGAUACAUUUGAAUGGAAUGAUUUGGGAAAAGAUUUUACUCACAGCUCUUCAAUGAUUCAAAAAUUGGUAACUCACAUAGCAAGAAAACUCUUUGUCAACAAACAGUGUGAAAAAUCUCAUUGUGGCUACUUAUACCUUAAUCAAAACAAGAAAACUCAGACAAGAGGCCAAUCAAAUGAAUGUGAUCUACGUGGGAAAGUGUUUAGUAAUUUGUCUAACCUUAGACAACACAUGAUGACUCACACUGGAGAAGGGCCAUAUGAAUGUCAUCUGUGUGGGAAAGCCUUCAAUCAGUCAUCGACCCUUAGAAGACAUGAGAGAACGCAUACUGCAGAGAAACCAUAUAAAUGCCAUCUCUGUGGGAAAGCCUUCAGCAUAUCUUCUGCCCUUAGACAACAUGAGAGAACACACACUGGAGAGAGGCCAUAUGGAUGUCACCUAUGUGGGAAAGCCUUCAGUGAAUUUUCUACUCUUAGAAGAUAUGAAAGAAUGCACACUGGAGAGAAACCAUACAAAUGCCAUUUAUGUGGAAAAAUUCUUCAUCAACCUUUUGCCCUUAGACAACAUGAGAGAAUGCACACUGGAGAGAGACCAUAUGAAUGCCAUCUGUGUAAAAAAGCCUUCGGUAGAUCUUCUCAUCUUAGAGAGCAUGAGAGAACACGUACUGUAGAGAAACCACACAAAUGCCAUCUUUGUGCAAAAGCCUUCAGUCAGCCUUCUGCCCUUAGGAAACAUGAGAUAAUACAAACUGUAGAGAAAUCAUACAAAUGUCAUCUGUGUGGGAAAACCUUCAGUCAACUUUCUACCCUUAGACAACAUGAGAAAAUGUAUACUGAAGAGAGACCACAUAAAUGCAAUUUUUGUAGAAAAACCUUCUGUCAAUCUUCUACCCUAAGAAGACAUGAGAGAAUGCAUACUGGAGAGAAACCAUUUGAAUGCCUACUGUGUGGGAAAGCUUUCAACAUAUCUUCUGCCAUUAGACAACAUGAGAGAACACACAUUGGAGAGAGAACACACGAAUGCCACCUGUGUGGAAAAGCCUUCAGCGAAUCAUCUGUCCUUAAAAAACAUGAAAGAAUGCACACUGGAGAGAAACCAUAUGAAUGCCAUCUGUGUAGAAAAUCCUUCAGUCAGUCUUCUGCCCUUAGAAGACAUGAGCAAAUACAUACUGCAGAGAAGCCAUAUAAAUGCCACCUGUGUGGAAAAACCUCUUCCAUCAGUCUUCUACACUCAGAAGACAUGAGAAAAUGCACACUGGAGAGAGAUCUUAUGAAUGUCCUCUGUGUGAAAAAGCCUUCAGCAGAUCUUCUCAUCUUAGCAUGA